AUAUCAACCUUGCCAUUAAACACCACACAUUUCUCUUCAAACAAUAUAUACUUCUUUUCAACAUGGUUGCUUUAAAUUUCGAAAAGACCCUACUCACAAUAAUUCUGGCCGGAAUCCUUGCCGGAUCUCUGCCGGAAUCCGUGGUGGGUCAGGACUGCGGUUGUGCUGCGGACCUGUGCUGUAGUGAGCAUGGAUACUGUGGCGUUGGGGAUGCCUAUUGCGGCACAGGUUGCCGAGAGGGUCCUUGCUAUGUCACACCUAGUAGUGGUGUCUCUGUCGCUGACACUGUGACAGACGCAUUCUUUAAUGCCAUCAUCGGCCAAGCCGGUGCAGAUUGUGCCGGCAAGAACUUCUACACCAGAGCUGCAUUUCUUGAAGCUGCCAAUUCCAAUUCUCAAUUUGGCACCACUGGCUCUGUUGAUGAUUCCAAACGUGAGAUUGCAGCCUUCUUUGCACACGUAUCACAUGAAACAACAAACUUUUGCCAUAUUGAAGAGAUUGAUGGUGCCACUCAGGACUACUGCGACGAAAAUUAUCCACAGUAUCCUUGUGCACCCAACAAGGCUUACUAUGGCCGAGGUCCACUUCAGCUAACAUGGAACUACAAUUAUGCUCUAGCCGGAAAUGCUAUCAAAUUUGAUGGACUAGCAAACCCUGACAUUGUGGCCUCAGAUGUAGUUGUGUCGUUCAAGGCCGCCUUAUGGUUUUGGAUGACCAAUGUUCACCCUAUCCUCGGACAAGGGUUUGGAGAAACAAUCCGUAAAAUCAAUGGUGAUGUUGAAUGCGAUGGUAAAGAGCCUGAGAAAGUUAAUUCUCGUGUGGAGUAUUACACCAACUACUGCAACCAACUUGGUGUCACAACUGGCGAUAAUCUCUACUGCUAGGUCACACACAUUAAAGUUGUUCUAUUAUACAAAAUUUCCAAGGGUACGUACAUCACCUGGAAGGAAAUAAAGUUUAGGUUAUUGACACUUUCCUGUGUUUUCAACAUGGACCUAAUAAUAUACUCUUUUGACUACUUGUUUUCAUA